AUGGCAUGGCCUUUUGUGAAGGACGUACUGGAUGAGGAAGCGCUCAUCAUCAGACGAGCCUUUCAACGAGAAAGACUGUUCAGGGAUAGGUCAGACCCACUGGCGUAUGAUGAAGACCAUCUGUUUGAGCGGUACAGAUUUUCACGGGACGCACUCAAGUACCUGUGUAGGCUCCUCGGGCCUAAAAUACAACAUCGGACCGCUCGGAGCCAUGCCCUGACUGUGCCACAGAUGGUCUGUGUGACAUUGAGGUUUCUCGCAAGUGGAAGUUUCCUGUACUCUGUUGGGGAUGCAGAGAACCUCAAUAAAGCAACCAUUUGUCGCACAGUCAGACGUGUUUGCCUGGCCCUGAAGUCAGUCAUCAACAUCUUUGUCACCUUUCCUGGCCACAGAAGACUGCCUUACAUCAAGGAGGACUUCUACAAGAUUGCAGCUUUUCCUAAUGUGAUUGGUGCAGUGGACUGCACACACAUUGGAAUUCAACGUCCCUCAGGGGAACAUGAGGGAGAUUACAUAAACAGGAAGUCAUUCCACAGAAUCAAUGUUCAGAUCAUCUGUGAUGCCAACUGCCUGAUAAGCAAUCUGGAGGCAAAGUGGCCUGGAUCAGUCCAUGACUCCAGAAUCUUCAGGGCUAGUCCAAUCCACAGGACACUCUCACAAGGUGUAUUGUCUGGGCUGCUGCUGGGAGACAAGGGCUAUGCCUGCGAGUCAUUUCUCCUGACUCCUCUUGCUGACCCCCAAACCCCACAACAGCAGGCCUACAACCACUCGCACAGCAGGACAAGGGCUCGCAUUGAAAUGACCUUUGGCCUCCUGAAGUCAAGAUUUCAGUGCCUGCACCACCUGCGAGUGUCCCCACCCAGAGCAUGCGACAUCAUUGCAGCAUGCGCAGUGCUGCACAACAUAGCAGGCUUACGGAGGGAGAGGGCCCCGACUCCAGUGGCUGACGACUGUCUCUAUCUGUAA